GGCGGUUGUCAUAUUGUCAUCCAGCUUUGCUUUGCUUUUCGGCCCAGUUGAUUUCUCAUGACCGACGCCGAGGAGUUCUGCAUCCCAAUUUGAUACACGAGCUUAACCUGCACCUUUAUCGUUCCCACUGAGUCCGAUCCCGUCCUACUAAGAGGAUUGCACGUUACACGAGCUCCGUCUCGUGUUGCGAUCGGCGGUCUUGUCUUUUGUCGAUCAUUUUUGGGACAGCAAUGAGUGAUUACAAGCUGGAGCAAGAUUUGAAAACCGCAGAACAUAUUGAAAUCCCUUCAGCCACUGUAACCGAACAAAUAAAAUGUACACCAAAUGGCGUAUACCCUAUAUCGGAUCAAGAGAUUAACGGCAAUGCUCAGCUGAGGUCACAAAUCAAAGAUCCUUCUUACCUUUGGAUUCUGAGACCGAAAUCCGCACCUUUAACAGAACAAUCCUCAACUGCAUGUCCUGUCGAUGAAAACAUUAGUGCUUCCUUGGACCCAAUGGAUCCCGGGGCGCGGCAGACGGUUGAGCACUUAUCCACGGCUGAGCAAGCGACUUCUGUGGAUGAACCUUGCACAUCUGAGGUUUUGGAAGCUUCGUUGCAUGCAGAUUCUAAACAAGGUAUCCGUCAAGAGUUUCCAAAACAACGAACCCACACAUGUGAAUACUGUGCGAAACGCUUUUUGCAGAGGUCACACCUGAGGACCCACAUAAUCGCCGUCCACUUAAAACAACGGGAUCACAAAUGCGAGCACUGUGGAAAGUUGUUUUUCUUGAAGGCCCUACUGCAGACCCAUGUAAGGGCUGUUCAUUUGAAACAAGGAACCUUCACCUGUGAUUACUGUGAGAAACCUUUUUAUCUAAAAUCUCAUCUCCAGUAUCACGUAGCGUCCGUCCACUUGAUGCUACCAGCUCAUAUGUGUGAACACUGCAAGAGAUCUUUUUACCGAAUUAACGAUCUCCAAAGACAUUUAAAGUUUGUUCAUUCAGACCCCGUUCAAGUGGACCGCACUUCCAUAUCACCAACAGAUGUCCCCGCGUCCACGGGCCAGAGCAGAGAGAAAGGCUGCUUUCACACGUCGAAUCCGUAG